ACGUUUCGGAUGCGCUCGUCAAACUCUUACCAGAAGAAGAUGAAAUAGAUAACUCUCUCCGAUACGUUUUCUUCCCUUUCGAAUUUGCGUUUCUUCAUCCGUUCCGUGUGCUUGACAACUUCAUUUCUCUCAAAGUUUCAGUCUUUCCUUCAUUUCUUACAAACCCAUCUCAAAAUAUCAUUCAUUUGAUUUUCGAUCGGAUUAUGUUAAUCAAUUGCUGAUACCAAUUCCUGAUCAUCCCCACCGUUGAUUCUCCUCUGAAACCGCCAUGGCCGCAGCUUUGAGGUCAAACACCUCGAGAGAAACCGCUUCUCUCACACUCUCCCACUUUCGAUACUUCUUCUUCAACCGUCUCCACACCGCGAGUCCUCACUGCAAUCACCGUAACAAGAUCGCGUCUGUCAAGCCUAUGGGAACGAGCUUCUUGGAUAAUCGAGGAGAGAGACGGAGCUCGAGCGUGGGUUAUGCUACGAACUGUGGUGUAAAGUCUGCUACUUUGAGCUCGCAAGGAGACCCACCGGAUCUGUGGCAGCCUCCGAGGGAUGGACUUUCCGUUAGGGCUGAUGGGUCCAGCGGCGUUCAUCUCGGUCGUGGUGGUGGUGGCGGUGGAAGCAGUCCCGGUGCUGGGAACGGAACAGGGUCCAAUUCCAAGGAAGAUUCUUGGGGUGGAUCCAAUCUUGGCUCUAGCUUUCCCACACCAAAGGAGAUUUGUAAAGGUUUGGACAAGUUCGUUAUUGGUCAGGAGAGAGCCAAAAAGGUGCUUUCAGUGGCAGUUUAUAACCACUACAAGAGGAUAUAUUAUGAAUCAUUACAGAAGCGGUCCACGGGAGAAACCGAUAGCACUGCAGCGAAACCAGCUGAUGAUGAUUUGGUAGAACUGGAGAAGAGUAACAUUCUCCUUAUGGGACCAACUGGGUCAGGGAAGACGCUACUUGCGAAAACUUUGGCACGGUUUGUGAAUGUUCCUUUUGUCAUUGCGGAUGCAACCACACUGACUCAGGCUGGUUAUGUGGGAGAGGACGUCGAAUCUAUAUUAUACAAACUUCUCACAGUUGCAGAUUAUAAUGUUGCAGCUGCACAGCAGGGGAUUGUUUACAUCGAUGAAGUUGACAAGAUAACAAAGAAGGCGGAGAGCCUUAACAUAAGCAGAGAUGUAUCAGGAGAGGGUGUUCAACAAGCAUUGCUAAAAAUGCUGGAAGGAACAAUCGUUAAUGUACCUGAGAAGGGCGCUAGGAAGCACCCUAGAGGCGACAAUAUCCAGAUAGACACAAAAGAUAUACUCUUCAUAUGUGGUGGUGCUUUUGUAGACAUCGAGAAGACGAUUUCAGAGAGGCGCCAUGAUUCUUCAAUUGGAUUUGGUGCUCCUGUACGUGCUAACAUGAGGGCGGGUGGUGUUACAAAUGCCGCUGUUGCAUCAAACCUGAUGGAAACUGUGGAAAGCAGUGACCUGAUUGCUUAUGGUUUAAUACCUGAAUUUGUUGGAAGAUUUCCUGUUCUCGUCAGCUUAUCUGCUCUGACUGAGAACCAACUCAUGGAGGUCCUUACCGAGCCCAAGAACGCUCUUGGAAAGCAAUACAAAAAGAUGUACCAAAUGAAUAGUGUAAAGCUGCAUUUUACGGAAACAGCGCUGCGGCUAAUAGCUAGAAAAGCAAUAACGAAAAACACAGGUGCUCGUGGCUUAAGAGCUCUUUUAGAAAGCAUCCUCAUGGAUUCUAUGUACGAGAUACCGGACGAGGGUACAGGGAAGGAUAUGAUAGAGGCGGUUGUGGUGGAUGAAGAAGCAGUUGAAGGAGAAGGGCGUAGAGGCUCUGGAGCUAAGAUUCUCCGUGGUAAAGGAUCUUUGUCUCUGUAUCUCUCUGAAACCACCAAAUCCAAGGAUUCUCCUCGGACGACCAAGGAGGGAUCAGAAGGAGAAAUUGAGGUGGAGGCAGAGAUUCCCUCCGUUGUCGCCAGUAUGUAAAUGUAUCAUCAAUAACAUACUGGUGAAUGUAUCUCUGUAUGCUUAAUCUUAUCGUUCUAAUAAUGUACAUAAAUGAAAGAAAUAAACAAAGUUGUAUCAGUAAGUUUAAAAAAAGAACAAAAGGAUUGCACAGUUUGCACAUUGAUCAA